AUGUCAUAUCCCGGCCAGUCUUACUACGAAAGUCGGGCCUUCUCACCUCCGCCCAAGGAAGCCUCGGCCAACGACAACCGGGUCUUCUCGGACGAUGAGGACGCCGAUGCCCUGAUCGAUUACAGUCCCGAGCGAGACACCUCGCAGGGUACGCUGCAGCGCAUCAAGAGCCCUUCUGACGACCCGGCCACCAAGCCAGCAGCUUCCGAGCCGCCUGCUCGGCAGCGGCAGCGCAGAACCCAUCUCCUGACCCAUGACGACUAUUUCCCUGAGAAGAAGCGGCACCCCCGAUUCGAUCCCUACAACAACAACCCGUACGUCCUCGGAUCGGUGCCGCCGAACCGGCACCCCUCGGACCCGGGAUUUCGCCGGAUCAUGACGGGCGUCGACAUCAUCCGGAUCACCAACCGGGUCCUGGUCAUGGGCCUGCCGUGGAUGUAUCGCAGCGAGCGCACCAACCGGCGCAACAACAUCGGCGACAUUGCCGUCUUUCUCAACACUCGUUACGGCAACAACUACAUGAUAUGGAACCUAGCAGGCGACACUUCGCAGGGCCAGUACGACACCGAGCCCUUCAGCAACCAGGUCCUCGAAGUCAACUUCUCGAAAGCCUACCACAUGAGCAUCAUGACGCUGCUGGACAUAUGCCGGUCGAUGCAUGCGUGGCUGUCCCUCGACAACAGCAACGUGGCCGUCGUGCACUGCACCAACGGCGUCGGUCGGUCCGGCAUCGCUAUCGCCUGCUAUCUCCGCUUUGUCGAUAUCUUCAGCGACGCCACAAAGGCAUUCGAAUACUUUAUGGAGCGGCGGACGCCCCAGGACCGCUCCUGGAUGACCGUGAGCCAGAACCGCUACAACCAGUACUUCAACAACAUCCUGCUACUCAACGGGCAGCUCCCGAGCCCAUACCCCUUGCGGCUGACCCGCGUGGUCAUCAACACCAUACCCAACUUUGACGGCCGGGGAUCGUGCAACCCGGGGCUGGAGAUCUACCAGAACGGACAGCUUGUGUACUCGUCCACGGCCCCGGCCUCGACCAUCCCGCUCUACAUCACAGCCGAAAACAUCAUCUUCAAGAUCCCUUCCCAGUCGCUCUUCUUGCAGCAUGACAUCCAAGUGCGCAUCUUCCACUGCCCCGAUCCGCUCAACAACCCCAACCAGCUUGUGACCAUGAUCAACUUUUCCUUCAACACGGGGUUCAUGCCCGCAGGACUGAUCCGCAUUGGCUUCCAGGACCUGGAGGUCUCGAAGCGCGACUGCGCCGAGGGCCGCUUCAUGCCGGACCUCUCGCUCGACCUGAUUUUCCAGGAAGCUAGUGUCGACGAAGACGCCUAUAUCAACGAGGGGCUUGUUCCAACUUCGUACUCCAAGCUGCUCGACAAGGGCCUUAUCCGAUCACUGCCACGGCUCAUCAGCUGUCACAGUGUCAAGGUCCUGGAGGAAGAACUGCAGGCCAUCGAGCGCUUCGGCUGCUCCAAAAUAUUUGCGUGCUUCGCUCUGCAAAAGUACAACAACGAUGCUGCUGCCGCCCAGCAGUAUCUCGUUGGCUUCCGUGAUCGCCCAGACUUGCCAACGUCGCUCACACGCGGACUCAACGAACUGGCCGAGCACGUCCUCCAGAGGCUGCGGACGGCCAAGCAAGCGCGAUUCUCGGGCAACUCUGUAACCGAAGCCUUCACGCCGGCAAGCGGCAGUCCCAGUCUAUCAAGCGCCUCGGUCCCGCAACUCAGUCAACGGUCGCGACUCCAGGGCACCGACUCGCCCGGCCCCAUCAUCCCGCCGCGGAGCGCUACGCCGCAUAUUCGGCCAUCGGACUCGGGAAGAUCCACACCCGUGCGCAUGGCCUCUCCAGCACGGGCUACACGCGGCAGGACGGCCUCGCCGGCCAGAUCACAAUAUGGCUCGAGAGAUGCACAGCGAGGGCAUUCCGGGCACUCGGUCGACGACUACAUCGAGCGGAACGUGCCGGCGCGCCUUCUUUCUCAUCCGGAGCGCAAGUCCUCGCUCGAUAGCUCAUUUGUGGCGACAAGCGCAAGUGCCCGGAGACUCGAGCGUCUCUUGGCGCAGCCGUCCCGUUCACCGGUACCGGCAGAGCCGCCGCAGAGCAAUCAGGCAGUUGAAAUGAAUCGCGUGCGGAAUGUCUCUCGCGAGAAGAGUGUCCCCAGCGACGACCUGAACGACCUGCAGGAUCUGCUGAACCAGCUCAAGGAUCGCAAACGUCUCCCCACUAGCUCGAGUGCAACUGCUUCAACCGAGGAUACCCGGAGCACUCUCUCGAGCGUCCAUUCGCGGACGCGCAAGAACAGCGACUUUUCUGAAACAAGUGGCUCGUACGCACGCCAACGCAGCUCCAGCACCCCGAACAUUACGCAUCACGAGCCCGAGGAAUCGAUCAUGGAUGCCAUGGACCGAGAAUGGGAAAAGAUCAAAAUGCGGUCCCCUGAGGGCAUGGAGGACUCUGGGAACGGAGGCCAAGACCCGACAGGCGGCCGUGAGGUCAAGCCGAAAGAUGGCGCAUCGGCUGGCAGCCACAAGUACACGGGUACGGAGCGAGCUCCAGCUCUUCCACUGCCGCCAUCGAUGGAUGUCCGCUCGCCUACCGAAGAUUCCGUCUUUUCGCCGACAUCGGCGCGGCGCAACGAUAGAGCCACCAAAGGCGACUUUAGCAAUCUCGCGCAUCACAACUACACGGGAACAGAGAAGGCCCCGGCCCUCCCCGUAGCGCCGGGCAUGGGCUCGGACUCGUCUGCCCGCCCCGAGGAACACCGGCGCCGACGCAAGCACGAUGACCAGGAGGAGCAAGCGCGGGAAAGACGCACCCGUGUCCACCGCGACCAGGCCACCCCCGAAACAACGACUAGCAGCGAAGCCCCGACCCGUGAGCUCGAGACAACCACGAGAGAGCGGUCUGCCAGCGUGCCCCAUCGAGAGCGGCGGCCGCGUCGAGAGGCGUCGAGCGACGACCGGCGCGCCAAGUCCAGAGCUGGCGAAGCGCCAGCCGACGACACCGAAUCCGAUCGUGCUCUGCCUGCCGAGACCAAGUCGGACGUCCCUGCUGUUCCGCCUGCUCCUGAGGUUCCGGUCAAAGCCUCGGCUCCUCCACCGCCACCGCCACCGCCGCCUCCACCGCUGUCGCUCCUCACCACCGCUAUUCCUCCGCCUCCACCGCCACCGCCGCCGUUGGGAGGAGGGCCCCCGCCCCCUCCACCACCCCCACCAGGACCCGGCGGCCCUCCUCCGCCGCCACCUCCGCCCGGCAGCAGCUCUCUCAAUGCUGUGGUGUCUCCGGCUGCGUCGACUCCCCGCGCGCGAGCCAAGUUGCACUGGCAGGAAAUCAACGCCAAUGCCCUCAAGGACACCAUCUGGACUGAAGGCGAGGGGCAGAAGAACGACGACCCGGACCAGGUUUCCCUUGAUGUGAAGCGGUUCGAAGAACUGUUUUGCAUCGUGCCGGGCACCGAUGGAAAGGCCAAGACGCAGCAAAAGCCCAAGAUGGUCAACAAGACCCAGUUCACGACCCUCCUCGAUCUGCGCCGCGCAAACAACGUCUCGAUCGGCCUUGCACGAUACACCCGGCGGGGGCUCACUGCGCUUUCGAUCGGCACCGCCAUCCGCGAGCUCAACGAACAGGUGCUGUCCCACGAUGACCUCACGAAUAUCCAAGGGCUCCUUCCAACCAAUGACGAGAAGAAGCUCCUGCAAGCGUACAUCUCCAAGCCCGUCGACCCGAAUGCACCGCCCCUUGGCCCCGCCGAGGUCUUUAUGAUCGAGAUUUGCAAGGAUGCCGACGUGGGGCAGCAGCUGAGCGCCUUUGUCUUCAAGCUGCAGUUCACAUCGGAGCAUUCCGAGAUCAUGAUCAAGGUCACAAAGUGUCUCGAGACAUGUUUGCGCCUCAAGCAAAGUGACCGACUCAAGGUCGUCCUCAAGACGGUCCUGCAGCUCGGCAACAUGACCAACUACCAAUACGGCGCCGGCAACUCGUCGUACCGGCCGUGGAUGGGCAAAGAGGCGCGUGCUCUCGGCUUCAAGAUCGAUGGCCUGGCGCGCCUCAAGGAUGUCAAGAGCGCCGAUGGCAAGUGGAGUCUGAUGAACUUUUUGGUUGACAUGGUGGAGCAGAGCGUGCCCGAGGUGCUGGAUCUGCGCUUGGACUUCAAGGAUCUCCAUAUUGUCCGCCACUACGAUCUGAGAGACCUGGUCAUGCAGCUUCUUGGUCUGGAAUCGACUCUCGAGACCCUCAAGACAUUCAAGUACCGAAGCCCGGACUUCCAGAAACGCCUGGAGCCCUUUGUUGCCCAGGCCGAGCCGAUGCUCCAGAUGCUGCGCGCUCGGUUCAUUGAGUUCUCGAAUGCCUGGACCGAUGCAGCGCGGUACUUUGGCGAGGAAGUUACCGACUACAUCCCACUACUUGAGCUAGCCAAGCUGCCCGAGCCGAGCAAGGGAGGGGACGGAGGCGGCGGCAGCAGCAAGAAGCUGCCGACGCACAUGUUCAUCACGAUCGACAUGUUCAUGCAAGCGUUCGACGAUGCCGUGAAGCAGAACCGGAAGCGUAUCGAGGAAGAGGAGCGACGCCUGAAGCGAGAGCAAAAAGCGCUCGAAGAACGGGCAAUGCGCGAGAAGCGCCGGAUAGAGAAGCAGCGACAGCUUGAGGAAGAGCGGCGCCUGGCCCGGGAAUGGGAAGAAGAACAAGCUGAAAAGGAAGCCGCUGCCCUGGCCUCAUUCAGAGGGCCGCAGACGCCAACACAGCCCAAGCAGGAAACGACCAAUCUCCCCGCUGCAGCCGCACUCGACAGCCCAGAACCGUCCCUGGAACCCAAGACACCGGCAAGCGAAGCCGCUGUGCUCGAGGCUCUUGGCGAGGGCGACCGCAUGGGCGGUGCUGUGUCCGCGGGAAUCGGUCAAGGAGGUGUAAAGGCAUCCCAAGAUGCCGACGGAAUAGGCCAUGCUGUUCUCACCCAGUCGAGCCCGGCGUCGUCCGAGUUCCGUCCAACCAUUCCGCCGCCUCCUCCGCCGCCCCUGCUGACGUUCGACGCCGCGCAAAUCCCGCCGCCCCCGCGACUGAUGGUUUCACGCUCAAGCCCUUCCGAGAUUCAACAUACGGACGAUGUCCGGGUGAUCCAAAGCCCGACGCGAGCUGGACGGCACCGCAACACUCUACUGAUUCACGAGGCCGAGGCCAAGGAGAUGAUGCGGCGGUUCAGCGUUAUCCAGAUCCAGAAGCACCAGAGCGACGACGACGACGACGACGACGACGAGUCUGCCGACGAAGCCAGCAAUGGCUUGCAGGCAAGCCGCAGCUCUUCGCUUGACAAGACCGACGUGCCGGCCGGGAAUGUCAGGGGCGGAGACACGUCAAGCCCCAGUGGAUAUUCGGAUGACAGCAACGGCGUCGACUAUGCCGCCGAAAAUCCAGUCGGCGGACGCCCCCAGGCCGCCGACGGUGCUUUGGCAGCGAAGCGCAAGCUGAUCCACUCCACAGUCCCACCACCACCGCCGCCACCCAUCAACAUGAUGAGCCCAAAGCUUGCGCCAAAGGCGGCGUCAGUCGAGCGGCGACAGCCAAUCAGCGUAUCCAUCAAAACCAGUCGGCGAAGCCCGCGGGUCAACCGGGGGCCGUCGCUCAAGCGGGUAGCCAAGAGCGGUGCUCACCCAAGCGACGGCGUCUGCGAAGAAUGCAUGCAGCUGCUGGACGAGUGCGAAUGUAAUCUGUAG